GCUGAAUGAUGUCAUGGGAUCUGCAGUUCAGCGAGAUGAAAGGGAUAAAGCAGAACCCGCUGGCACUAGGCAAGGCUUCCAACACACAAUCCACAACACAGCUUGAGAACCGACAAAGCUACGGAUCCAGCCACUCAGCCCAAGCUUGGGAGAACCACCGGUAUUGCCUCGUUGGAAAAAAAAAAAGGAGGAAAACAGCGUGAUCGUGUUAAACAAAAGAAUUUGUGGACGAGAAGGCGGGAGGGUGACUACCUGCUGAAAGGGAACUUUCUUGAUAUCCGUGCAUAUAUAUAAACUUAGCCCUGCCUUUGAUGUUUGCAACUGAUCACCGAUCAGAUUACCGCAUUUCGUCUCCCUGCUCGUCUGUCUUUGAUCUGCAUGGUUAAUUUUAUUUUCUUGGAUUUGAAGUUUCGCCUGGGCUUGUGCUGACAUACAUUUUUGGGAAGGUAGAAGCAUUUGGCAUAGAAGUGCUGCCAAGGAGAAACUAAGUUGCCGAAAGGAACUCUGCAACAGUAAAUAUAUUUAAUAAGAGCAAUGGCUUUAAAAGUGCUACCAGAACAAGAGAAAACAUUUUUCACCAUUGUAGUUUUACUAGCCUGUUUGGCAUGUGAAGUGAUUUGUGAAACAGGAGACUGUAGACAACAGGAAUUCAGGGAUCGGUCUGGAAAUUGCAUGCUCUGCAAGCAGUGUGGGCCAGGCAUGGAGUUGUCUAAGGAAUGUGGCUUUGGCUACGGGGAGGAUGCCCAGUGUGUGACGUGCAGGCCGCACAGGUUCAAGGAGGACUGGGGCUUUCAGAAAUGCAAGCCGUGCCUGGACUGCGCGGUGGUGAACCGCUUCCAGAAGGCAAACUGUUCUGUCACCAGCGAUGCCGUCUGUGGGGACUGCUUGCCAGGAUUUUAUAGGAAGACAAAACUUGUUGGUUUUCAAGACAUGGAGUGUGUGCCUUGUGGAGACCCCCCUCCUCCUUACGAACCGCACUGUACCAGCAAGGUCAACCUCGUGAAGAUUCCGUCCACAGCCUCCAGCCCAAGGGACACAGCCCUGGCUGCCGUCAUCUGCAGCGCCUUGGCCACCGUCCUGCUGGCCCUGCUCAUUCUCUGCAUCAUCUAUUGUAAGAGGCAGUUUAUGGAGAAAAAGCCGAGCUGGUCUCUGAGAGCACAGGACAUUCAGUACAACGGUUCUGAACUGUCAUGUUUUGACAGACCUCAGCUCAACGACUCUGCUCCCAGAGCCUGUUGUCAGUGCCGCCGGGACCCGGCCCAGCGCUGCGGGCCUGUCCACUUGAUUCCAUCCUUGUGCUGUGAUGAGGCCUGCAGCAUCAACCGGGCGACUCUUGGUUGUAGAGUGCAUUCCAAGGCUACUCUUCAGGAGAGAAAUGCAGGUCCUGUGGGAGAGACAAUGCCGACUUUCUUCGGAUCUAUCUGUGGCGAGUUUUCAGAUGCCUGGCCUCUGAUGCAAAAUCCCAUUUGUGGUGACAACAUCUCUUUUUGUGACUCUUAUCCUGAACUCGCUGGAGAAGAUAUUCAUUCUCUCACUCCAGAAAAUGAAAGCUCGUCAUCCUUGGAUUCAAACAGUAGUCAGAAUGUGGCUGGUGGAGCUGUUCCAGUUCAAGCUCAUUAUGAAAACUUUGCAGCAACUACUGAUUUAUCUAGACAUAACAACUCACUGACAAAGCCAGUGCUAACCCAGGAUACACUAACUUCUAGAAGCCAGCUAGAUCAAGAGAGUGGCGACAUCAUUAACCUAACCACUCAGACGUCCCUCCAGGAAGCUUAAAGGACUUGCUUCUUUCUGCAACAGAAGCGCGCGUAUGGAAACCAAAGGGCACCCACUCCUCUGCUUGGGCCUAUGGACUGAGCACAGUCUGGACCUUGCAUGGCUUCUGGGAGAAAAAAUAAAUCUGAACUGAACUGAUGGCAUUUUAAGCCUUUCAACCAGUUGCUUCUGAGCCAGACCAGCUGUAAGCUGAAACCUCAAGAAAUAACAAGACUCCAGGCACUCAUGAUACUUCGCGUCUUUCCUAAACAAGAAGCUUCUAUGCUGCAAGCGUGACUUCAAAGAGUGAUGGGUCAAGUUUGCAGUCUACGAGAUUAUGGGUAUAUAACGAGAAACAGAAAUGCAUUCUUUCUUCUUUUUAUGGUGAAUGUGGUUUUGCAAGACUGAAGACCCAGAGUAUAAAUUUUCAUUUACAUUUUAUUUCCAGAAAUAAUUUCAUAUGGCCAAUUAUCCUACUGAAAGUCAAUGUCAGAUUACUUACCUUAGUUUUUAUGUAAAAUGGUUUCAAAAAUGAAUGUUUCUGUUUGGUGGUCACUUUUUCAUCAUCUUAACUAAUUAGUUUAGGAG